GUUCUACGCUCGCACCUCCCCCCCAAAGUCCACAUCGCGGUUCACGCUAGUGAUCCUACAUACUUUGCAAUGGACUCUUUCUCAAGCAUCCUCUUUACCGCAACCUCUACCUCAGCCGAUGCCACUGAGGAACCACAGACACAGCUCCCCGUCGAUAACGAGCGAGGCGGCACCGUCUAUUCAUAUUGUGUCGUCGCAUAAUCGAUGAUUGAGCCUGAUCUGGCGUGUCUACGAGGAGUUCGUAGAUACCGUCACGACAUCUCAUCUUCGACUCUAGUUAUUCAUCUCCCACCGCCUCACUUUCACCCCCCCCCUUAUCCUCACGACCCGCUGACACCCACAUUCAUAAACCGCCUUCGUUCCAGGUGAUUCUCGCGACACACAACCUUCGAACAAUGUAUCCAUAUCUUUUCGUUUUCUUCUUCAAUACUGUCGUCAUACGGCACGCAGUACAACCACUCUUUGACGUUGACUUCUUUUUAUUUCACUCUUCUUGGAUUUUUUUCCUCCUCGCUGUCUGUACUUUCUAUUCAUUUCGCUCUGCUCUGCUUUCACGACUAGGCACGCCCUAUUGGUACACAACACUGUAUUCAUACGUAUUUUUUUUUAGCCAGGAUACGCUAUUCUCUUACACCAAUUUGGGUACUGGGGCACUAGCUAGAUUGUUCUUUUGGAGAUUCCUGAUUUUGGGAGUCGCUCUACUAACGGAGUA